AUGUCUGACUCCAACGACCUUCGUCAUAACGGUACCGCGGCCAAGAGGGUCUAUAACCACAAGUCCAAAUGGGCCUAUGGUGGUCGAGCGGCACUCCCACAUCGUGACGUCUCUCUGUCGGACCCCGUGACUCGUCCAGCGGCGCCUCAAAGUCACUCUCUGAAGUAUUCCCGUCUCUUGCAGCUCGACCGAAAGGCCAAGUCCAACCAGCUGGCGACCACCGCCAAGUUCACCCUGCAACAUGACAUUCGGGAGGCCCUUGACAGCGGCCCAUCCGACUCCUCCGCCGCGGAAGACGUUGACGAACCAUCAGCCGCCAAGGAUGUUCUAGGACACCUUCAGGAGGAAGAUCUGUUAGAGCCAUACCAAGUGUCGGGACAGACAAUCCUCUCUGAUGCGAUAAGCAAGGCCGUAGAGAAAUUCGAGACACAAGAAACCGAGAAGCUUGUCGAGGAAUACGAAAUCAUCACUCGGGAGAGUGAGAUCGCUACGGGCUAUCUCGCCGAUGAUGAUUUCGAGCUAGUCGACCAUGAUCACGCAAGGCUGUAA